AUGGUCACGAAUACUUCUACGGGCUUUGCGCCCAUUUUAGACGCUUUGAGUACCAUGCAGAGCAACGUCAACCGCACACAGAAGUCACAAGCACAUGACUAUCUUGAAAAGUUCCAGAAAUCGACUGAAGCAUGGAACACCACGCAUUCAAUUCUCUCCACCGCUGGAGUGACUCCCGAAGCAAAACUUUUUGCCGCUACAACAUUGAAAGGCAAAAUCACCUACGACCUGGAUCAAAUCCCAAGGCAAUCUCUACCUGCGCUCCGCGACUCAAUUCUCGGUCUUUUGGCUUCGUUCAAAGGAGGUCCUCGACCAGUUCGAACACAGCUCUGCGUAUGUCUAGCAAGCCUAGCAAUCCAGAUGACAGAGUGGAAAGAUGUCAUUCCCUUAGUUGGGUCAUCACUUGGAAACAAUGGCCUUGACUGCACGCUUGAAUUCCUUAGGAUUCUGCCAGAGGAAGUUACUGAAGGUCGAAAGAUCAACUUGACUGAAGAGGAACUUUCGGCCAGAACAGUGGAACUUCUGGAAGACACUUCAAAAAAUGUCCUGAGUCUUCUCAUACAGUACUCUCAGUCAUCUGCGAGUGCAUCAGCGAACCCUUUGCUGCUUGAAUGCAUAUCCUCAUGGCUUCGAGAGAUUCCGGCCGCAGAUGUGGUGAAUUCGGUGCUUUUUGAUGCUAUUAUUACGUCUCUCGACGUGGAGAAAUCGUUUGAAGCGGCCGUUGAUUGCAUUUGCACACUGCUGCGCGAUACUCGAGAAGUCGAUGAAUCCAUCAAAACCAUACAAUUGAUGUAUCCAAGGCUCAUAGCUAUACAACCAAAGAUUGCCGAGGCUGCGAAAUCUGAUGAUCAGGACAUCUUCAAAGGCUAUACUAGGAUAUUUGCUGAAGCUGGUGAGCAUUGGGUCGUUUUGAUCGCUAGGCUACCAAAUGAUUUUCGGAGUCUGGUUGAGGCGAUCCUGGAAUGCUGUGCACGAGAUACUGACCGAGAGGCAAUAUCACUCACUUUCAUUUUCUGGUAUGAAUUUAAACAAAUGGUCACGCUAGACAAAUACGGAGCAGCUCGAAAUGGCUAUUCGGAUGUGUUUGGGCAACUAGUCGAUAUCAUGAUGAAGCAUCUUGAGUUCCCAACACCAGAAGGCGUGGAUGAAUCUGACCUUUUUGACGGUGAUCGAGAACAAGAAGAACGGUUUCGAGACUUUCGACAUCAAAUGGGGGAUGUACUGAAAGACUGCUGCGAGGUGAUAAGUGUGACCGAGUGUCUGACCAAAGCAUACGCAAGGAUCCAGCAUUGGAUCUCGACGUAUGGCUCUCAAGCUACCAAUAUUGCGGUUCCCCAAUGGCAAAAGCUCGAGGCACCACUGUUCGCGUUGCGGGCUAUGGGUCGGAUGGUGAGUCCAGAGGAAAGUGUCGUAUUGAGACAAGUCAUACCUUUGAUUGUUCAGAUUCCAGAUCACGAAAAGCUGAGAUUUCAAGGAGUAAUGGCACUCGCAAGGUACACGGAAUGGACGGCACAGCAUCCUGAAUUUCUGCAACCGCAGUUGAACUUCGUCAUGGCCGGUUUUAAGCACAAGUCGCUGGAAGUCGUCAAGGCGGCAGCUUUAGCUUUUCGAUUCUUUGGGGCAGAUUGCCGGAAGCUUCUCGCAGAUCAUAUAGACCCGCUUCACCAAUUUUACGAGUCCGUGUUAGACGGACUGGCCCCUGCAAGCCAAGAGGAAGUCUCUGAAGGCGUCGCAUGUGUUGUUUCGGCUCAACCCCUUGACAAGAUCUAUCCUUCCUUCAAAUUGUAUUGUGAUCCCAUCAUCAAGCGGAUGAUGAAUAAGGCCAAUGCAGCAAAAUCCGCCUCGGACGAGGAUGAAGCAGCACGCUUGGCAGUCGCAGAUUAUCUCCAACUUCUCACCAUUUUCGUACAGCAAAUUCAACCGUACGUCUCUCCUUCAGAAGAGAACCCUGCGGUCAAGUACUGCCAGGAGAUGCUUCCCGUGAUGUCCGCCAUCGCCGAGAAUUUUACCAACUGUAUCCCAAUCCUCGAAAGAGUCUGCCGCUGUUGGCGAUAUAUGGUUCUAUCUUAUCGAACCAGCAUUCUUCCUCUGCUGCCAUCGUUAGCCCAACAACUAGCCAGCGGCUUCCAAAACUCUCGCCAAGGCUGCUUUCUCUGGGCAACAGACUCAGUCCUUCGAGAGUUCGCAACAGGUGUAGAAUUCGUUGACGAAGCAACCUCUCAAAACAUUUACCACUUCUUCGAACAGCAAGCCAUCGCAUUCCUCCGGAUCAUGAACGACCUGCCUCCUAGUGAUCUUCCCGACGUAAUCGAAGAUUUCUUCAGACUCCUAAUCGACGCUCUGAUCUAUUACCACUCCAAUCUGCUCCCCGCAAGUAUCUGCUCGCCCAUCCUUUCUGCCGCCAUCAGUGCCCUCACCCUUGAGCAAGAGCCACCCGUUACAGCAACCCUUCACUACCUCCGCGACUUCCUAAGCUACGGCACCUUACACCCAAAUUCCUCCAACUUAUUGGAUGCCAACGACCCACUCAGGCCCUCACACCAACAACCAAAGGCUGCACCCCAGCUCCAACAAGUUGUCAAGCGCCUAAUCAGUGAACAAGGCGAGGUUCUCACCCAGCGCAUCAUGACAGGAAUGAUGUUCUCCUUCCCACGCGAUUGCUUCCCGGACGCAAGUGGGGUGCUGCUAUCCCUUUUCGAGAUCAUGCCCGAGCAGACGGCGCUGUGGGUGAAGAGCACAUUGGACAUGUUGCCCCCGGGGACCAUGAAGCAGGGAGAGAGCGACCGGUUGAUGCAAAAUAUUGGGGGAAGCUGCAGCAGGGAGAAAUGUGGCGCCAAGGGAAGGGUUGGGAAGAUUGGAGGCUACGAGAUUCAGGUUUAG